UUAUUAUGUGGUGGAAUAGCAGGUAUGGUGUCAAAGACCACAGUGGCUCCUCUGGACAGGGUGAAAAUUCUUCUGCAGGCUCACAAUCGACAUCAUGAAACGCACGGGGUGAUUUCAGGAAUACGUCACAUUAUGAAGAGCGAAGGGCCAUUAGCCCUUUACAAAGGUAAUGGUGCACAAAUGGUUCGUAUUUUUCCAUAUGCAGCUACUCAAUUCACUUCUUUCGAAAUCUAUAAGAAAUAUUUGGAUGGAGUUUUUGGAGAAACGUCACACAUCGACAAAUUUUUAGCAGGAGCAGGAGCUGGUUUGACUUCUGUGGCAUUAACGUAUCCGUUGGAUACAAUAAGAGCCAGGCUGGCUUUCCAGGUGAGUGGUGAGCAUAUAUACACAGGUAUAGCCCACGCCGCUACAAGCAUAUUCAAGGAAGAGGGAGGCAUUCUUGCACUAUACCGAGGCUUCAUUCCCACCCUUAUGGGAAUGGUUCCUUAUGCGGGAUUGUCCUUCUUUUGUUUCGAGUACCUCAAGUACGGAUGCAUGAAGUAUCUACCACAGUUCACCUGUAAGCCGUGUGAAAAAAAUACCGGCGGUUUAGUACUCGCAAUACCUGCUAAACUCAUUUGCGGGGGACUGUCGGGGGCAGUAGCGCAGAGCGUCAGUUAUCCACUAGACGUGACGAGAAGGCGCAUGCAGCUAGCUAUGAUGAAUCCCGAAACUCACCACUUCGCUAGAGGGAUGUUUUCAACAUUGGCCCGAAUUUACACUGACCAUGGAAUUGUGAAGGGUUUAUAUAGAGGAAUGUCGAUAAACUAUAUGAGGGCGAUUCCUAUGGUAGCAGUCUCAUUUUCUACUUACGAAUUGUGUAAACAAUUGUUAGAUUUAGAUACCGGAAUCAAAGUCAAGGUUUAAAAGUGGGAAGUGAAGCUGAUCGGUUGAUUUGCAAGCAACUGUUUUCUUUAAAAAGAAGCACCAGAAAAGACUCGCAAUACUUUAUUUUCAUGACAUUUUCCAAGAUGAACAUUUUAUUUCUCAGCUGUUGAGAAUAAUUUUAAAUAAGAUUUUGUAAGCAAAUCAAAAUUGUUGAAUGUUUUAAAUUUGUUUUAUGCUGUUUUGAAUAGGUAUUUAUUUUUGUUAGGAGUGUACCAACCAAAGAACUACUUAUGAUUAGCAGAGUUGAUUAGUUUUUAAUAAAUGCAUCUUACAUACUGUUUGGAAGUGUGAACUUUUCCUAAAUAAAA